GGGUUGGAUUAGGAUAGAGUAAGGGGCAUAAUUCCCCUAAAUUGAUUUACAAGUUAUCAUUCAAAUAGAAGACAACACACAUCCCUUAACUUUUCGAAAUGUGGUAUACCAUUUUGUUUAAUGGAGUACCACAAGGUUCUUUUUUCGGUCCAUUUUUUCUGAUUUAUAUCAACGGCAUGUACUUUGUGCUAAACACAUUAAAUUACAUAUUGUUUGCGGAUGACACAUGUGUUUGUCUAUCCCAUCGUGAUAUUGAUAUCCUAGCAAAGACUCCUAGACUUUCAAAACUAUCUAGUGGGUUUCGAGGUAAUAUGCUAUCACUGAAUGGAAACAUAUUAUGAUAUACAUUUUAAUUAUAGGACGGCUAAUGGUAAGUGUGAUUUAAGAUUAAAACCUGACUCAUUGGAAUGUCUGUUAAAAUCAACUUUAAUGGAACGAUCACUUGAAACACAUCAGUAAAUCAUUUUCUCGAAAUAUAAACUACACUAUAUUGAAUACAUUGAACCUGACAAAAUUAUAUGCAUUUUGCACAAUAGUCUUAUUCUACCUGUUGUGUCAUGUUGCAAUUUUUUUUGGACAAUAUCAAGGAAAGUCACAUAUGAAGUUCUUCUGUUGUAAACAAAGCAAUUCAUAUUUUUUGCUAGUUGGUUUGGUUACCCUGACCAUAUUGAACUGCAAAGUCUUGCUGUUGAUGAUAUCCAUUUCCUUCAAACUUCCCUUUUAAUCUAUCGAUUUAGUGCCGGAAUGUUACCUGCCCGCUUUUCCACUAGAUUUUCUGUUGCCUUUAUAUGCCUAGAUUAUAAGCUAAGAAAACCUUCCAUUUUUGUUACUACCAACUGCAGAACAUCUCUCAGCAAUGUAAACUGCAUUAUUGGCAUUUCCUUUCCAGUGAUGAAGCAUAGACAAAUUAAGACCUGGCUUAUCCACAUCCUCCAGGAGCGACCAAAGACAUUCCAACGUGUCACUACCGAUCUCAUCAUCCACAUCGCACGGUUCUUGAUAGAGUGAUCACUGACAUUCUACCUGUAUCUUUUCACUACCGGAUGCAUUGUGGCAGAUGGCGUCAAUGGCGAGAGCAAGAUAAAUCACGUUGGGCAUGUAAGGGUCUUUGCUGUGAUUCAGAGCUGCCAUUGUGGGUAAAAUACAUUUGUGGUUUAUAUACAUUUUGCAGUAUUAUUUAUUACACGGUUGCCCUGCAAACUAGAUUUUAAAAUAUCAAAAUCUUACAGAUUUUAACAAUAAUUGUAGGUUUCUCUUACGUACAUUAUAGUAGCACUAAAUAUGGCGACACUUGAGCAUUCUGUUUUGCAAAGUUUAAAGUGUCCGGUUUGUUUUGGUUUGCUGAACGAUCCAAAACAACUGUCAUGUACACACACAUUUUGUCCAAAAUGUAUUCAAGGUAUUCUAGCAUGCUCUGUACAGAGGAAUAUAUUAUCAUGUCCAAUAUGUAAAAACACAACAAAUGUCGCAGAUGGCGAUGUUGCGAAUCUUAAAACUAACAUACCUGUUAAGUCAAUUGUUGAUGACGUCAGGAAUAGUAAACAGCUAUGUGACGUGUGUGACAAGCGAGCAAGUGCUGCACGCUUCUGUUGCGAAUGUGGUAAGAACAUGUGUAACGCAUGUCUGCAAGCUCAUAACACAUGGAGACCUAAUCUUAAACAUAAAGUAGUGAUGGUUGAAGACAUCAGAAAGGGUAGGGUAGUCUUACAAAAGAAGGUUUACUGUCAAGAAGAAGUACAUAAAUCUGAAGAGUACGAGUGCUCUGAUGUCUGCACGACAUGUAAGAAGCUCAUUUGUAUGAGAUGUCGCAUGCUCUACCACGAGAAAAGUGGCCACGAUGUUGAAGACUUAAGAGAGUACAAUUCUUCUUUCAAGAAGAGCUCUGAAUUACUACAUGAUCAAGUAAAGGCGAAACUUAAAAUAGUCAAUAAUCAUAUGACUUGUAUUGAUAAUCAAAUCAAACGGGUCAAUGAUCACAUAGAAGGAGAGAAGGCAAAAAAUAACAAGAUUUACGAAGACGCUAUCAAGAAAAUAAAAGAGAGGAAUAUUACAUUGAACAAGCAAUUAGAUGACCAGAAAGAAGAAUUAGCCAAGAGCUUAAAUAAUAUGAAAAUUGAUGAUGAGAGAUUAGUUAAGAGCAUUGAGAGUGCGAGUGAAUUGCUAAGUAAUAGUUUGAAAGGCCCACUAGAAGGAGAUGUUGUAGCAAUUCGUGAUUCAUUGUCUGGUGAAUUGGAGAAUGUAUUAGAUAGGGAUAAUCCAAAGAAAAGGGUCGCUAUUGAUGUAGGUGAUUAUGCAGAGAAACUGAAGUUUGCACCAAGCUGCGAUCCUCAUACAUUGUCAAUGUGGGAACUACGGUUUCUGAAAUGUGAGGCGAAAUGCAAUGCAGUAAUCCCAGAGAAAGGAUAUUUGGAUUGCACAGCUGCUAGAGAGGAUGGAAUGAUGGCUGUUGGUUAUAGCACAGAUCGAGGGAUUGACAUCUUCUCUUCCGAUGGUCGGCUGCAGAAAACAGUCAUCAAAUAUUUCAAAUUAAGUGAUGGUCGUCAUGCUGUGCGUGGUUUUGAUAAUAAGAUUUCACUGUACACAUCAGAUGAAGAGAAGCAGGAUGUGACAUUCGAUACUAUAGGCUACAGUAAAGGUGGGUCUGGUGAUCUCACUGUAGACAGCAAUGAUCUGAUCUAUGUUAGCUACAGGAAAGCUAAGAAGAUACAGGUAUUCUCACCAUCAGGUGGGAAGGCUAUCAGGGAGAUACCAUGCGAUUGGUAUGAACCCUCCCAUAUCACAAGUUAUGGUGACACAUUGAUCGUGAAGCAGUUCAAGAAUGCAAUAAUACGAAUUGAUAUGAAAGGUGAUAUAAUGCACAGAUUAAGAAAACCACGGGGAAAUGACCUCCAUGCUGCCGUGAGUAAAGACAAUACAAUCCUGAUUGCCUCUGUAAGACGCAAUGAAGGUCUGCUCAAUAUCGAUGAGUACACCGGUGAGCUGAAACACAAAAAGACUCUCAUAUCUGAUUACAAGAUUGAGAAACCGGAGAGGCAAUGGUAUUACCUUUUACAGUUUUAAUCAGGAGAGAUAGCUUUAUAUGUACUGGAUAUGCUCUAUUCAACUUAUUUAAACUUGGGAAGUUUCCUUGGUAAGGAUAUUAUGUUUCGAAGCGUUUAGGAGCCGAUUUUCUAACUACUUUACAGUAUAUAAUCUUCAAUUUGUAAGUUUCAAUGUUAAUCUUGGUAGUCAUGUUCCAUUGAGGUAAGAAUCAGUAAAUUAUAUUAAUUCCAUUCCAUCAAAAUAGAAUCACGUAUACAAUAGAAUAGUUAAAGAUAAAAGUACAUGAUAUACACCCAUCGCAAAACAUAAUAUUGGUGUUACAUACAGAGGAAAUUAAUAAAAUGAAAUUUGAGACGGGCCUGCACAAUUAA